AUGAAGGUCACUCAGCUUGUGGUUGCCGCCUACCUGGCGUCUGGACUUGCUGCCGCUGAUACUAUCAAUCCUGCUCCAGACCCAAAACAUGAUGGUGACAAGACUGCUGCGACUUGGAAACCUGAGAACAAGCAGCCUGUCCCAACCUGGAACCUAGAGAGCCAGAAGCCUGCUACAACCACCUUGAAGCAUGAGACCAGCAAGCCUCCUCCGACUUCCAAGCAUGAGCCUACCGAGCCUGCUAUAAGCUCUAGGCAUGAAAGCAGCAAGAAGCCUCCGCCAAGCACCAAGCAUGAGACUACCAAGCCUGUUACAAGCACUAAGCAUGAGAGCAGCAAGAAACCUGUCUCAACCACCAAGCGUGAGAGCAGCAGGCGUCCAAGUUCCAAGCAUGAGAGUAGCAAGCGUCCCCUGACCAGCAAGCCUACAGCAAGGUCUACGAGUGAGAGAAGCAAGUCCCGCACUCGCUCCGAAAGCGUUAAAUCGAGGAGCACCAGAACACAGGCUACAACGGAGAGUAAAACUAGAGCAACAUCGCCUGGAACGACCAAGACUCCAGGACCACCUCCACCUCCGGGCCCCCCACCGCCUCAGCCACCUAUUGUACCGCAGCCGGUACCACAGCCGCCUGAGGGUGGUCCACCACCGGCAGUUCCUCCCGAGAUGGGAGGUACUCCGCCCGAGAGUCUGCCUGGCCCGGUCGGCGGUGGUGGUCCCGGAGGUGCUCCCGGUGCUCCUGGUGCUCCUGGCGGCGGUGGUCCUGAAGGUGGUCCUGGUGCCCCUGGUGCCCCCGGCGGCGGUGGUCCCGGAGGUGGCGGUCCUGGUGCUCCGGGCGCUCCCGGUGCUCCUGGAGGUGGUGCUCCCGGAGGCGGCCCUGGUGCUCCGGGCGCUCCUGGUGGUGGUGGUCCUGGAGGCGGUCCUGGUGCUCCGGGCGCUCCCGGUGCUCCUGGAGGUGGUGCUCCCGGAGGCGGCCCUGGUGCUCCGGGCGCUCCUGGUGGUGGUGGUCCUGGAGGCGGUCCUGGUGCUCCGGGCGCUCCCGGUGCUCCUGGAGGUGGUGCUCCCGGAGGCGGCCCUGGUGCUCCGGGCGCUCCUGGUGGUGGUGGUCCUGGAGGCGGUCCUGGUGCUCCGGGCGCUCCCGGUGCUCCUGGAGGUGGUGCUCCCGGAGGCGGCCCUGGUGCUCCGGGCGCUCCUGGUGGUGGUGGUCCCGGAGGUGCUCCAGGUGCUCCCGGUGCGCCCGGAGGCGGCGGUGGUUUGCCACAGCCAGCCAGCGGCCAGCCGGGAGGAGGCACCGGACAACCUGAGCCUGUUAACCAACCUGGAGAAGCCGGCCCUGCCAAUGUUGAGCAACCUGGGCAAGCUGGCGCCGCUCCUGCCACUGCUGAGCAACCUGGUGAAGCCGGCGCCGCUCCUGCCGGUGCUCAGCCACCCGGGGAAGCCGGCCCAGCCAACGCUGAGCAACCUGGUCAACCUGGUCAACCUGGUCAACCGGGCCAACCGGGCCAACCUGGCGGGCAAGGUGGCGGCGCUGCCCAGCAGUCUCCUGGGGGUCAGCAACCCACAAGCCCGCCAAGUCCAGGUCCUGCCGAUAAGACAAAGGCUGGAUUGGGGGCUGUCCUCGGCGCCUUUCUUGCCAUUCUCCUCCUCUAA